CGUGACUUCCUUAUAGCUCCGCGCGGAGGGACGCUGACGUCAAGACGUCAUGCGACGUCCGGACGUCAGCGAGUCGCCGAGCGUCUUGGGCGUCCUGUCGCGGCCGCUGGUUGGGCGGUGGUUCCCAGCUCAAGUCUUCCUCCCUGCUUCCGAAGGCGUGUUUGAAUCCUGUCUGUCAGCUCCUAGCGGGGGCGUCUUGGAGGAAACGGAGGCGGGAGUGAUGGCGCCGUCGCUUCUCGGGACCCUCUCCUGACGAUUCUGUCGCGCGGGGAGAUGUGGACGCUUGCGGGUCAGGGCUGCUGGCGCAGAUGCGCGCUCGCGGCCUGGGCCACCCGGGCGGCGCGUCGGGGGCUGCCCGCGCCUCGCCCCGCGCCGACCCGGGGAGCUGCAGCCGAGUCCAAGGCUCCGGACAGGAGCUACAGCUCCGCGGACCGCAAGGAAAAAAUUGAUAUGUCUAGAUUCCCUGUUGAAAACACUAGAAAUUUCAGUAUCAUUGCACAUGUGGAUCAUGGCAAAAGUACUUUAGCCGACAGGCUCCUGGAACUAACAGGGGCAAUUGAUAAAACAAAAAAUAAUAAACAAGUUCUUGAUAAAUUGCAAGUGGAACGAGAAAGAGGAAUCACUGUUAAAGCACAGACAGCGUCUCUCUUCUAUGAUUAUGAAGGAAAGCAGUACCUUUUAAAUCUCAUCGAUACACCGGGCCAUGUUGAUUUUAGUUAUGAAGUAUCCAGGUCACUCUCAGCUUGCCAGGGUGUUUUACUUGUGGUGGAUGCAAAUGAGGGUAUUCAAGCCCAAACUGUAGCAAACUUCUUUCUUGCUUUUGAAGCACAGCUAUCGGUAAUUCCAGUCAUAAACAAGAUAGAUCUGAAGAAUGCUGAUCCUGAAAGGGUUGAAAAACAAAUUGAAAAGGUGUUUGAUAUUCCAAGUGAUGAAUGCAUUAAGAUUUCUGCUAAACUUGGAACGAAUGUUGAAAGUGUUCUUCAGGCAGUCAUCAAAAGAAUACCCCCUCCUAAAGUGCAUCGCAAAAAUCCCUUGAGAGCUUUGGUAUUUGACUCCACCUUUGACCAGUAUAGGGGUGUGAUUGCCAAUGUAGCAUUAUUUGAUGGAGUGGUUUCCAAAGGAGAUAAAAUUGUAUCUGCGCAUACUCAAAAGACAUAUGAAGUUAACGAAGUAGGAGUUCUGAAUCCUAAUGAGCAGCCAACUCACAAACUAUAUGCAGGACAGGUGGGCUAUCUGAUUGCUGGGAUGAAAGAUGUCACUGAAGCACAAAUAGGAGAUACAUUAUAUUUACAUAAACAACCAGUGGAACCCUUGCCUGGGUUUAAAUCAGCGAAGCCAAUGGUAUUUGCAGGAAUGUAUCCUAUAGACCAAUCUGAAUAUAAUAACCUGAAGAGUGCUAUAGAAAAACUGACUCUAAAUGAUUCCAGUGUGACAGUUCAUCGAGAUAGUAGCCUUGCCCUAGGUGCUGGCUGGAGGUUAGGAUUUCUUGGACUUUUGCAUAUGGAAGUUUUCAACCAGCGACUUGAGCAAGAAUAUAAUGCUUCUGUUAUUUUGACAACCCCUACUGUUCCAUAUAAAGCUGUUCUUUCAUCAGCAAAAUUGAUAAAGGAAUACAGAGAAAAGGAAAUUACAAUCAUCAAUCCUGCACAAUUCCCUGAUAAGUCAAAAGUAACAGAAUAUUUGGAGCCGAUUGUUUUGGGCACCAUUAUCACACCAGAUGAAUAUACUGGAAAAAUAAUGAUGCUUUGCCAGGCUCGAAGAGCAGUUCAGAAGAAUAUGAUGUAUAUUGAUCAAAAUAGAAUAAUGCUUAAAUAUCUCUUCCCUUUGAAUGAAAUUGUGGUGGAUUUUUAUGAUUCUUUGAAAUCUCUGUCUUCUGGAUAUGCUAGUUUUGACUACGAAGAUGCAGGCUACCAGACUGCAGAACUUGUAAAAAUGGAUAUUCUACUGAAUGGAAAUAUUGUAGAAGAGCUGGUAACUGUUGUACACAAAGACAAAGCAUACUCUGCUGGCAAAGCCAUAUGUGAACGUCUGAAGGAUUCUCUUCCUAGGCAGCUGUUUGAGAUAGCAAUUCAAGCUGCUCUUGGAAGCAAAAUCAUUGCAAGAGAAACUGUGAAAGCCUAUAGGAAAAAUGUUUUGGCAAAAUGCUAUGGUGGUGAUAUUACCCGAAAAAUGAAACUUUUGAAGAGACAAACAGAAGGAAAGAAAAAACUAAGGAAAGUUGGCAACGUUGAAGUUCCAAAAGAUGCUUUUAUAAAAGUUCUGAAAACACAAUCUGAUAAAUAAUUGGUGGGAAAAUAUAAGGAAUUUUCAUAAAUUAAAAAUUGUGUAUCUUUUAAUUUUUCUUCGUAAUUUAUAUGUUGAACACAACAGAAUGAAAAUUAUAAAAUUUGCUUGUUAUUUUCCAGGUUUUCAGUUUUAAAUAACCUCUUGGCUUUUCUUUGAAAGAGAGUCAUCGGUGGAUAAGAGCAUAGAUUCUGAAGCCAUAUUGCCUGGUUUCAAAUUUCUGUUUCACCACUCACUAGGCAAAGUGACGUUGGCCAAAUUACCCUCUCUUUGUCUACUUACUCUUUAGUAAAAUCAGGAUUAUACUAUUACUUACCUCCAUAGGCUGUGAAGGUUAAAUGAAAUAUGUUUAAAAUAUUCAGAAGACUGCAUGACACCUAGUCAGUGCUCAGUGAAUCUUAAUUUUUCAAGCAUAUUCCUUACUCACACUAAAAGGCCCCAUACUUAAGAUUCUAUCUAGUUUCAAGCCCAAGAUAAAAUAUUUUCAUAAUCACCUUAAGUAUCAACUUGUUAGAUGGAUAUAUUUAGAUGAAAUAUAUGAAUCUGUUAUUAAAUAUUCAAAUAACAUAGUAUCUAGACAUGUGCUCUAGUUUUUCAUAAAAUUUUUACAAAUGUUACUUUGAAACUAGACAGUUUACAUAAGCAUAUAAAUUAAAAUAAGGAUAGGGGCUGUCUUAUGCUGAGAAUUAAAAUGCACUUGUGCAAAGUGAUAGAUGUUUGAUAUUAGCAGCAGCUGUUAUUAAUGACAGUUUAAUAAUUACUGCCUAGAUUUCAUAAUUGAGGAGACUGAGUAAAUAACUUACUUAAGGUCACAUAGCCAGUAAACGGUUGUCUUACUUUCAAAGCAUGUCUACUCAGUCAAUAAACAAACCAGAGGGCAGAUUGUAUUACAGUAAGAUAAAAUAAUUCAGCCAUUGAUUUUUGUCCUUUACUUUGAAUGAACUGAAUGAGGUUAAUGUCUUCUAGGGAUAAGACUAUCAGUGAUAAAUUUUAUACAAGGUUGUUAUGAGAUAAUUAUAAAUUCAGAUAGUGGGGAUUUACCUAAAAUUGUGUAUGGAGGUUAAAUAACCUGUGGCUUAGUCCUAGUUACAUAAAUUAAUCAACUGUCUUCCCUAUUUCUUCUAGCUCUGGUAGAACAGAUGAAUUAUGAGAUCUCAUGACAAAAGUAUCAAUAUUUUAGAAAAUGGCAGUAUUUUUGAAACUAGAAAAGCAUUUUAAUGUAAUUUCUAAGACAAGAUGUUCUACCAUUAUUGCCAGGGGAAAGUUACAAGUUGGUACCUGGCACAUAAUAUGUACGGUGUGUCUACUAUUUAGUAUUUGUGUCUUAUUAGUAUGCUUACAGUUUGGAUACUUUUCCCCUUUAACCUCUAACUUUUUAGGAAAGUUUUACUUGUAGUAAUAGUAGUACAGAGUAUUUUCCAGAUUUUUUAGCAUACUCUUAAGUUCUCUCCCCUGGCCACUCUCCUAAACAUGACUGAGAGUUGUGUAUCCCCCAGAGGACCUUAUAUUACUAAGAUUUUUGUGUACGUUGAAGUAACAUAAACUAUUAGUAUUAGAAUAGCCACCAUUUAUUGAGUUUAACAUGUGACAGCCACCGUGCCGAGCGCUAUAGACAAUUCCCUCAUUCAAAGUACAUGGCAGUGGAGGUACAGGCACCAUUACCAUCGCAUUUCACAGGGGAGGAAGCUCAGACUUAUGUAUCAGUAUUGUCCAACAACAUCACAGCUCUUGACAGCUGGGAUUCAAACAGUGGUUUCUUUCUCCAAACCCCAAUUUUUAGCUACCAUGCUUUAUUGCCUCUUGUGGAAAUAUCUUCAGUAGACUUAGUUUUUUGCUUAACAGCAGCUUAGCUCCUGAGUUAGGGAGUUAAAGUGGCAGGAAAGCAGUUUGCUGUGGACCUUGAGUAUAUGGACUUCAAACUUAAAGGGCAGUGAUGGAAAGGAGAUUUUAGACUCUGUUUCAGCUAGCACAUUUAAAGCACAGAAAUAACAGCUGAACUGUGCACCAAUCUUUAGCUUUUUCACUAAACUAUAUGACCUUCUAAGGUAGUUUGCACUAACCAAUACUUUAUUACCAGGCGUGGGACUGGGAGAUAAUACUGAUUUCACUUACUGUUCAAAAACCAUUUAUAAUACUUAAGGCUAUUAGAAGUUCAUUAUCUAGAAUUAAAGCAGCAUAUUUUAUCCUAACAGUCCUAUUUUUUAUUUAUUUUUAGAUUUGCUAUUUAAAUGUUUUAAGGAACUGUAAUACAUUUCAGUCACAUAGGCAAUUAAGCAGGUAUGUAAGUGAUGCUUCUACUAGGUGGACUUAUAAAAAGCAAAAUAUGCAGAGAAAAGGAAGCAUAUUUCACUCCCCAAGGAGCAGAACUAAGAAUGAAUUAUAGGCAGAGACCUUGUCCUUUAAUUUAAAUCUAAUUGCAUAAUGACAACAAAUAAAAAGUAAAUAAAUGCAA